AUGGAUAACGAAAACUCCAAAGAAACUGAUCGGCACCUGAAAAGGAGCCGCACCGAAAGGCUUACGCAGAAUUUUCUUGACCAUACCCCAGGUCCCUGGUUCCCCAAGUUUCUUGUCAUUCAGUCAAAUGAAGGCGGAAAAUCACUGACAAAAAUCUCCCCUUUUGCCGUGGCAAAGGAGCUGGAAAAAGUCAUAGGAAAAUCAUAUAAGGCAAAAAAACUGAACACUGGGGAUAUCCAGGUUGAAGUUCAGAACCAACGACAAAGCACUGCAUUGCAAACAUUGAAAAACAUUGGGGAUGUUGCUGUAACUGUUACCACACAUCGUACACUGAACAUGACGAUGGGCGUGAUCUCGGAGGACGAGCUGAUCGAAUGUACAGAGGCUGAGAUUCAAGAGGGUUUGAGUGAGCAAGGCGUAAUAUGCGCAAAACGAAUCACGAUCAGAAGGGACGGCAAGGAAAUUGCCACAAAACACAUUAUUCUGUCCUUCAAACUGCACACGAUACCCACUAACAUCAAGGCAGGUUACCUAAGUUGUAAUGUCAGACCCUACGUGCCAAAUCCGAGGCGUUGUUUCAAAUGCCAGCGUUUUGGGCACAGCUCACUUGCAUGUCGCGGACAUCUGACAUGCCCAAAGUGCGCUGGCAAAGACCACACAGGAGAGUCUUGCAGUAAUGAAUACCGUUGUAAUAACUGCCAAGGUAACCAUCCAGUAUACUCAAGAUCAUGCCCACGCUGGAAAGAUGAGAAAGAAGUAAUCAGAAUCAAAACAGAGCAGAAUAUUUCCUAUAAAGCGGCUAGAACGCAACACGAAUUUCAAAAGAAAGGCAGUUUCUCCGAAGUGGUGCGCAGGGGAGUGGCACCACAGAGGAAAUCCGUGGAGACUCAAACCUGCUCGCAGGUUAUUGAGCCUCCACCCCACACUCCCCAAGAGGAAGCUGGGGGCACUCAGGUGUCUCCAGCUGCGACGGAGGUCAGCCGUCCAACUGGCCAAGAAGAAGCAGCCACGGCUCUUUCUAAAGCCGAUGGUCUGCAGUCGAUUUGGGACGGAGGCGUGACAACCCCCACCCAAAAAAGCACUCAGAGCAUGGAGGUUGAUGAUGACGACAGAAUGUCGCAAAAAUCAUCAUCAAGCCUCCCUGAAAUGCAUCCAAGAAAAAAACGAGAAAAAGGCAGACGAAGAGGAGUAAAGACAGGUGAACCACAGAAGCCACCCCCGCGAAGGGUCCAACCGCCUAAAUGA